AUGGACAACAGCCUUAAUGACACAACCAGCAUCUACUCUGACUAUGGCAACUACGGCAACUACACUGACUAUAGCAACCGUUUUUGGUACACUUCCCUUUAUGGUGGUCGCGGUUAUGGUGAAGUUGCGUUCAUCCACUUUGUGUUGACAUGCUUACUCAUUUGUCUCGGCCUUCCUUUGACCUUUGGGGCCAUCUAUGGUCUCUAUUCUCUGGUGAAGAAUGGUGAAGUUGCCCCUAUCUACGUCAUCAACCUUCUCAUCUCUGACAUCAUUCAGUUCUGCUGCUUCAUUGUUGAGGUGGCACAGCCGAAGAACACAUACAAGUACUUUUCUGAGUAUGGGGAGAUAAUGGAUGUCUUCUACUAUAUUUACGACUACAGUGUGUUGGCCAGUGUUGGCUUCAUGGUGUGCAUCGCUCUGGAAAGGUAUUUGGUCAUCGUCCAUCCACUGUGGUACCGCUGCAGACGAACCAUCAAGACCUCUGUGCUGAUCUGUGUCCUGGUCUGGAUCCUCCCUGUUGUCCCUCUCCUCAUUCAGUGUUUCUGUGAUAGCAGUGUCUCCUUAGUCGUUUACACCAUCUCGGAGCUCCUUCCUUUACCGCUGAUCAUAUUCUUCCUGGCUGCGACCCUCAAAGCCCUGUAUGCUUCCAUCUCGGUCCCAGCUGACGAAAAACAACGAAUUGCAGGAAUGUUGAUCCUGGUGCUGCUGAUUUAUCUGCUGCUGUUCCUGCCCGGCAUUCUUAUGUUAGUGUUCUGGUACGAUUUCAUUUUCAACUCAAAUGCAGACAGCUACCCACAUCUUGAACGUCUCCUCGACCUGUCUCCUAUGUUUCUUAAGUUGAGUCCUCUGGCAGACUUAGUUCUGUAUAUGAUACUAAGGAAAGGGACCAUACGCCAGCUUUUGGCCUGUGUGAGUCACAGCAGAACAGACGGCAAUGAAAUCAACACUGUAACUGUGGAAAUGUCUGUAGAUUAGUGAUGGGAAUUUCAGCUCUUUUUAGUGUGCCGGAUCAUUUGGCUUAGCUCACCAAGAAGUGCUCUUUUGGCUCCCAAAUGGCUCUUCAUUUUACCACUUAUACCUUUUUUAAUUCAGCCAAAUUUAGCGCUGUUUUGACUUGUGAUUUGUAUUUAAACACAUUUAUCAAAGAAAUACAGCAAUCAAGUAAAUGUGCUUUGUUAAGGCCAACUACUGACAUCUGGACAAAAAAACAAACAAAAUGUUUUUGGUAAAGCUUAAAAAUAAUAAUAAAUAAACAACAUAAUAAAAAGAAAUAUAAUACAAUGUGCCAAACAGCAGCAUCCAACAGUUUUAGGUGUCUCUAUGAACUAAUCACCAUCAUCUAUAUAACUGUUACUUUUUCAGGGCAGAUUGGCAUUGAGGAACACCAAGUGCCUCAUCUUAGAGGGGCUGAUCCGCUUUCUUCUCUUUGUUAUAUUAUAUUAUAUUAUAUUAUAUUAUUUCUGUCAUUGUCACUGUCUCAGUGCUGCCACCCCCGCCCCUCCCUGCUUGGUGGUAUGAUCCAUGUCAAUCCUCACAUGAUUGGUUCGCACGUGACACCCGUAGUCAGUGUCCGCAGCACCUACAGGUACUUUUCCUAACAACAAAAGUAAAAAAAAGAAAAGAAAGAAGAACGGCUCUUUGAACCGGCUCGUUCGCCACUGACACAUCACUACUGCAGAGAGAAAUGGAGAGUAAACAGAAGAACUAUAGAAAAAUAGAAAGAAGACAUACAUAGACAGAUUGUGUCUUCUACUGAAGCUUUG